AUGCGCUCUGUUCGGAUGCAGCGUGAGCAAGGUCUCGGUCCUUUGGUUCUUCUCCUCCUGGUCGGGAGAUAUGUCGUGUCUGGCACUGAGAGCACCGACUAUAGCGAGGCCGAGGUUCUCCCUGACUCCUUCCCGUCAGCACCAGCAGAACCUCUCCCAGAAUUCCUGCUGGAGCCAGAGGACGCUUUCAUCGUGAAGAACCGGCCGGUCCAGCUGCGGUGCCGGGCGUCACCAGCCACCCAGAUCUACUUCAAAUGUAAUGGAGAAUGGGUCAAUCAAAACGAUCACGUCACUAGAGAGAGCCUGGACCAGGUCACAGGUCUGGUGGUGCGGGAAGUGGACAUCUCUGUGUCGAGGACCCAGGUGGAGGAGCUGUUUGGGUUGGAGGACUACUGGUGCCAGUGCGUGGCCUGGAGCUCUGCUGGCACCACCAAGAGCAACCGUGCCUAUGUUCGCAUUGCAUACCUGAGGAAGAACUUUGAGCAGGAGCCGCUGGGGCGGGAGGUGCGGCUCGAGCAGGAGGUGCUGCUGCAGUGUCGCCCACCGGAAGGCAUGCCCGCUGCGGAGGUGGACUGGCUGAAGAACGAGGACGUCAUAGAUCCAUCGCAGGACUCCAACUUCCUGAUCACCAUUGAUCAUGAUCUGAUCAUCAAACAGGCCAGACUCUCAGACACGGCCAACUACACUUGCGUGGCUCGUAACGUGGUGGCCAAAAGACGCAGCAGCACCGCCACUCUUAUUGUUUAUGUGAGCGGAGGUUGGUCGUCUUGGACUGAAUGGUCAGAGUGUAAUGCUCGGUGCGGGCGAGGCUGGCAGCGACGAACUCGCAGCUGCACCAAUCCUGCCCCUCUAAACGGAGGCGCCUUCUGUGAGGGCCCACCCUUUCAGAGAGUGACCUGCACCACACUGUGCCCAGUGGAUGGAGGCUGGACAGAGUGGGCAAAGUGGUCCGCCUGUGGGACAGAGUGCACCCACUGGCGCAGUCGCGAGUGCCAAGCCCCCCCACCUAGAAAUGGAGGAAAGCACUGCAGCGGCAGCAUGAUGGAGAGCAAAAACUGCACUGAGGGGCUGUGUGCACGCAAUAAAAAGAUUUCUAUUGAACAUGCAAGCCAUCCGCUGGCCCCAGGUAUGGGUGUUGCAGUCUACGCUGGUCUGGUGGGGGCCCUGCUGCUGUGUGUGAUACUGGUGUUGUGCGUGGGAGUGCUGGCAUAUCGCCGCAGAUGCCAACAUCUCCAUGGAGACAUCACCGAUUCUUCGUCUGCUCUUACUGCCGCCUUCCACCCUGGCAACUACAAACCUCCCAGACAGGAUAACCCUCACCCACUGCAUCCCUCAGCUCCUCCGGAUCUUACAGCCACAGCAGGGGCUUUCCGUGGGCCGCUCUUCUCCCUGCAGCAGGGGGUCAACGACAGCCCCCACAAAAUCCCCAUGACCACUUCACCCCUGCUGGACCCUCUGCCAAGUCUCAAAAUCAAGGUGUAUAACGCCUCCACUCUUUCCUCCCUGGAGCUCCCGGCAGAAAUGAGCUUAGGUGAUGGGGAGAUCCUCAGCUUGAAGUCGGUGGGAACGAUGGGCAGAGAGCGAGAUUACCACAGCCACACCCUGUCCAGAGAGCCAGGGCUGAGCACCAGCGCCACCCUGGGUAAUCUUGGAGGACGCCUCACCAUCCCCAACACAGGUGUGAGUCUGCUUGUCCCCCCUGGCACAAUCCCCCAGGGGAAGUUCUACGAGAUGUACCUCAUUAUCAACAAGUGGGACAAAACGACGCUACCCUCUGAGGGCAGUCAGACUGUACUAAGUCCUGUGGUCAGCUGCGGCCCAUCCGGUAUGCUGCUGAAUCGUCCCGUUGUUCUUACUUUGCCGCACUGUGCCCAACUAGACACACCUACACCCGACUGGACCCUCACACUAAAGACACAGACGCACCAGGGGGCAUGGGAGGAGGUGCUGACAGUAGGAGAGGAGACUUUGUCGUCGCCGUGCUAUCUGCAGCUGGAGGAGGAGUGUUGUCAUGUUCUCAUGGAGCAGCUGGGAACGUACGGCCUGGUAGGCCAGUCCUGCCCCCCACAGCCUGCCUGCAAACGCCUGCAGUUGGCACUGUUCGCCCCUCGAGCUCCCUGCCUCUCCCUGGACUACAGCCUUCGUAUCUACUGCAUCCAUGACACCCCACAUGCACUCAAGGAUGUGCUGGAUUUGGAGAGGAGUCUAGGUGGAGUUUUGCUGGAGGAUCCCAAGCCGCUGCUGUUCAAAGACAGCUACCACAACCUGCGCCUGUCCAUCCACGACAUUCCUCACACUCACUGGAGAAGCAAACUACUGGCAAAGUAUCAGGAGAUCCCGUUCUAUCACAUCUGGAGCGGCAGUCAGAGACCCCUGCACUGCACCUUCAGCCUGGAGAGAGGGAGCCUGGCUGUGUCACAGCUCGCCUGUAAGAUCUGCGUCCGGCAGGUGGAAGGGGAGGGACAGAUAUUCCAGCUGCACACGGAUAUUCAGGAGACUCUGCCCCCGCAUUCGCCCCUCCCCUCAGGAGGCACCUGCCUGCCUUCCUCUCAAGUGGGACCCUAUGCCUUUCGCUUGCCUGACUCCAUCCGCCAGAAGAUCUGUGCCAGUUUGGAUGCACCCAGUGCUCGAGGAUGUGACUGGAGACUACUGGCACGCAGCCUGGGCUUUGACAGGUACUUGAACUACUUUGCAACAAAACCCAGCCCCACAGGUGUUCUACUGGACUUAUGGGAAGCUUGUCAUCAAGCUGACGCAGACCUGGUCUCUCUGGCGACCGCGCUGGAAGAAAUGGGCAAAAGUGAGGUGCUAGUUGUCAUGACAACAGAUGGGGAUUGUUGAUUGGUCAAGGAACGAGAGAGCAAGCCAGACAUUUUUUUUUCACCACCGUGAUGAAAAUGAGAAUACCUGCCUAUGAAUAUGCACACAAAUCAAAAGCCCACUGAGCAUUUUGGUUCACUUGUAUUACCUCUGCCUCAUCUUCCCAUUCACUGACCCCUGAUCUGCCACUGUAGCUACAUACCCACCCCCAUGCGUGCCAUCCCAUGAUAACAGCAAAUCUAACUCAGCUUGAAUCCUCCAAAGCAAUGUUGCAUCUGCAAGACGGGAAACCAAUUUAAGGGUACGAAGGCGUAAAAUGGGUGUGAAGUCGUCUGUCAUGUGUGACCGUCUUCUUCAAAGAUUGCAAAUUAUUGUAUAUAAAUAAGAAAAGCUUUGGGACAAACACGAAAAAAAUUAAUGUAUUCAAAACACUAAAGCACGCACAACAACACAAACAAGACAAACGCUAACACAGGAUUACCCAUGUUUCGGUAGCUGCAUGAAAGUGCAUGAUUUAACACUAUCACCUCAUGGCAGGGGCUUUUGUUUUCUCCAUUGUCAUUCUGUGUGUGCAGUGAAUGACAGGCAGCACCAAACUGUCUGAAACCUCCUCAGGCUGCAGACACACUCCAACACACACACACACACACACACACACACACACACACACACACACAC